UGUUGUCAAAAGUUGUGAGUCAGCUAUAAGUAUAUUAGUAAAAGAUAAACUUUUAAUAAAGGAAAUCCUUUUGAAUAGUGAUCUAAAUUUUUUAGAGAUUGCGAAAUUAAGAUAAAAUAAGUAAAACUGUAGAUAAUACAAGGAAUAGGUCCAGAAUUUCAUUCCUAAUCGUAGUGAGGGUUCGCGUGUGUACUGUCAGUGUAAGGUCUUAUGCAAAUCAGUAGAAGAAUAGAAGACAGUUGUGUAAUGUCAUUUUAUUCAAAAUUUGGAACACACUCUUCUUGAAAACUCAAUAAAUCGUAUGAAAGAUUUAAAUAAAUAAGUUUAAUAAAUACAGCGCCUAUAGUAAUGCUUUAUUAGUAGAUGGUUUUUGUAAAGAAUAAUAGAAAAUUUAUUCUACCACGAUUCGUAGAUUAGUGAUAACAAAAAUGGGCUGUGCCAUGUCUGCAGAAGAGAGAGCAGCCUUAGCUCGAAGUAAACAAAUUGAAAGAAACUUAAAAGAAGAUGGUAUUCAAGCAGCUAAGGACAUUAAACUUUUGCUGUUAGGUGCUGGGGAGUCCGGUAAAAGUACAAUUGUGAAACAAAUGAAGAUUAUUCAUGAGAGUGGAUUCACGCCUGAAGACUUUAAACAAUACAGACCUGUUGUAUACAGUAAUACAAUUCAGUCAUUAGUUGCUAUAUUGAGGGCAAUGCCUAGUUUAGGCAUUAUUUUUGUAUCCAACGAUCGGGAGCAAGUUAAAACAGACGCAAAAAUGGUAUUUGAUGUGAUACAAAGAAUGGAAGAUACUGAACCUUUCAGUGAGGAACUACUAAUUGCAAUGAAAAGACUAUGGGUAGAUGCAGGUGUGCAAGACUGUUUUGGAAGAAGCAACGAGUAUCAAUUGAACGAUUCAGCAAAAUACUUUCUGGAUGAUCUUGACAGACUUGGAGCCAGAGAAUACCAACCAACAGAACAAGAUAUUCUUCGAACUAGAGUAAAAACAACUGGUAUUGUCGAAGUUCAUUUUUCAUUUAAAAACCUGAACUUUAAACUAUUUGAUGUUGGUGGACAGCGGAGUGAACGUAAAAAAUGGAUUCAUUGCUUUGAAGAUGUUACAGCUAUCAUUUUUUGUGUAGCUAUGUCAGAGUAUGACCAAGUUUUACAUGAGGAUGAAACUACGAAUCGUAUGCAAGAGAGUCUUAAAUUAUUUGAUUCCAUCUGUAACAAUAAGUGGUUUACAGAUACGUCUAUCAUUCUGUUUCUAAAUAAAAAAGAUUUAUUUGAAGAAAAAAUAAGAAAAUCUCCACUAACCAUUUGCUUUCCAGAAUAUGCAGGUGCCCAAGAAUACGGUGAGGCAGCAGCAUAUAUUCAAGCACAAUUUGAAGCAAAAAAUAAGUCAACUACCAAAGAGAUUUACUGCCACAUGACUUGUGCAACAGACACAAAUAAUAUUCAGUUUGUAUUUGACGCAGUAACUGAUGUGAUAAUUGCUAACAAUCUACGUGGGUGUGGUCUUUACUAAGAAAAUUUUUCUACUUAU